GUUCAGUUUUAAAACGAAUUCGACAUGGUGAAUUUGCCAAGCCCGCAAGAGCAGCCUGUCCGUAAUGCCAGACAAGCUGGAAGCGUCCGGUUCACGAGGAAUCACCACAACUGGGGUGCUAGAUACGGCAGACAUCGGGACGCGAUGCGCGACAAGGAACCGACCACCGUUUAUGAGUUAGACAGUUUGGCCGUGCACACGGAGGAGCUAAUGGAAAAGUACACACCGAAAUCAAAUAAAAAUUACGCUAUCGCAAUGGAUCUCCUACGUCUUCAGUAUAAUCUGAAUUUUAUGAUAGCAUGCGAACAUUGCAACGGCAAUCACGGCAUUGAUGAACUCAUUGCCCCCGAGCGGUGAUCAGGAAGCAAACGUAUCAUCUGCUAACAGAACAAAGUUUGAAUUCCAAAAUACUAUUACUAUUAUUUUCAUAUGUAAACGAUUUUGAUAUGUUAGUUUUAAUAAUAUUUUAAACUUAAUCGAGAGACGUGAUUUAGAUGUGCGAUACAAGUGCUAAAACGAUAGUUUUAAGAGAUCAAUUGUAAACUUUUACAAUUAGUUGGGGUCGUAAUAAAUCAUUGCAAUACA